AUGGAGUCUCCAUCGCUUCAUCAGCGAGACGGAGCGCAUAUGACUGUUUACGAUGUUACAGCUCCUUUAGAUGAUAUUGGGAGUCCAAUCGCAUCGCAGCAGCUAAUUUCGGAUUACGAUUUUGGAAACAGUUAUGGUCACCCUUGUAUUGUAUCAUACAGUGCUCCUAACGUGGCCUUCACAAAUGUCAGGCUAACCUUGAACAUUACAUGUCAGGGAAGCCAAUACGAUCGGUUGGGUCGUAUUUAUAUUGGGGAGACUGAAAUAUGGAGAAUGUCCACUGCUGAGCCCAAUGGACAGGAUAUAUCUUCUGGCUAUGUGAAAGACGUAACUAAGUUUCUCUCACUGUUUAAGCAGUCUGGCCAGAAAGUCACAUUUGAUCUUGGCAAUAUAUUAGACUCAACUUAUACUGGCACCUUCGUCGCAAGCCUAACAGCUGACUUCUUCAAUUCACCAUCUACCUCUAGUUCAAAUGGAACUGUUGCUGAUAGUAUUAUCAAAAAUACGAAUCCACCUGAUCAAAUCACGGGUCUUGCUCCAUCGCUCUACUGGACCAGCCCUGAUCAACCUAUGAAUGCCCAACUGCCAAUGCUCUCUCGAAACACAACACGCGUUGCUAUAAACAUUGCUGCGACAGGGAAUUCAGGCGAAGAGUUUUGGUAUACUCAUCUUAUUAACCCAUACGGAAAUGGAAGGAAUACGGGAAACAAUGGACCGGGUAGAUUCGUUGAGGUUUAUGUGGAUGGCCAACUAGGAGGUAUUGCAGUCCCUUAUCCUGUUAUAUAUGCUGGAGGAUUUGCACCUUCAAUGUGGGCUCCCAUAGUAGGAUAUAGAGCAUUUGAUUUGCCGUUCUAUGAAGUAGAUCUGUCACCACUUCUACCACUAUUUUGGAGUCAGCCUACAAAUAUUACCUUAAAAGUGUCAAAUGGCGAGCAAGAAUCGAAUUCUUUUGCUACCGAUGAGAAUUGGUUUGUUAGUGCUAGUGCCAUGACCUGGGAAACUGAAGGUGUGAUUGGAUACGGUGGGAUUGUGCCAACUACGAGUGACAACAAAGCCUACACCUUUGUUUCUCCCUCUCAAGCGAAUCUCAAUAAAAACUCUGAUAUUGUACAGGUGGUCCAAAACGAUUUUGAUAUCUACCUCCAGGCAAAUCUACUCUAUGCGAAAUCCAGCAAUAUUGAAUCGGUUACAGUUGCUUGGUCUCAAUCAGCGCAUUACGCAAACUUACAGAACAAUACAAAUCAAGGAAACUCACAAUAUAUUGCACUGAUUUCUCAAUUCACUGACGCAUUGACAAUCAACGGCAAUCCUGUACUAGCAUCUCAACAGUCGACAUCAGACUCUCUGGAAAUUAAUCUAGGCGAUGAUACAGCUACAAAUGUAUCUACGGUAUCAAUAGUUCGCGCAUAUGUGGAGUCAAAUAUGAAUACCAAGACCCAAUGCUUUCAGAAUGGUACUGCAGAGUCUGUCAUUCAGGGUGCCCUCGAGAUGUCUAGUAACUCCUCAAAUACCAUCUCUUAUCAACAGUUAUCUCUUUCGAAUGGCCAUCUUUAUAGUAGAGAUAUGAGUGCUGACUAUUUGAACGUGAUUGCUGAUACUUCUUCGUCGUCAAACGUCGGAGGAAGCUAUGCCAGCUCCUUGACCGGCAAUCAACAUUACCUGGGACUGGCUGACAAUGCAAUCAGCCAACUGAACAGUAGCGGUUUCUUAGAGGGAGCUAGUACACAAGACUAUACAUCCAUAGUGCAACAACCAAGUAAUACCACUUUGUCUCAAUCCGGUUUCAAGAAUCUAGCUCUUGUGCUUGGAUAG